CGUCGGCAGUGGAAAUACGCGAGCGAUCAAGUACACUGAGCGAGAUAAUUAUCGCCGUAUUAUCUCGUACGCUAAUAAAACACAGCAAAUCUAUGAUAAUAUAUUUUCAAGUUAUUACGGACAUUGAUAUGCUGUAAUGUGUGGAUAAGUUUUGUGUGUAAUUAUAGGAUAAAAAUGUGUUCAGUUGAGUGAAAGAUUUUGCUUGUUUUUUUUUCGUUUGUCGGCGCCAGUAUGUCUGAUGAGCUUGAAGCUCGGAUGUGGGACGAUGGGGGCUCCCGGUACGACUCUAGGGACCGUGUCCCGUACUUCGAGCCGGCCUUCGCCUCCUCUGAGCAUCUGGAUAGAGCCCCUUUGUUGUCUGAGGAAACAUACACGGACGUGCCAGUAACACCGACCACAGAUGAUCACUGCCACUGGAAGCCGCAAUCGGAGCCACCAAGUGCCAUACCUCAGCUGUUCACAGCGCUGGUACUGUGCGGGAUUUUUAUGAUAUGCGAGCUGGUAGGCGGGUACCUCGCUGGCAGCCUGUCCGUCAUGAGCGACGCGGCGCACAUGCUGAGCGACUGCGGGGGCUUCGCCCUUGCGCUGCUCGCCUUCCACUGCGCCAAGCGCCCCCCUGACGUGUCCAUGUCUUAUGGGUAUAAGCGAGCUGAGGUGCUAGGCGCGAUGCUAUCAGUCCUUCUCAUCUGGAUCCUGACUGGCAUCUUCGUAUACGUGGCGAUCCUCCGGCUGCACUCCGGCGAGUACAACAUAGAACCGGACAUGAUGAUGAUCGUGUCCGGCUGUGGCGUCGGGUUUAACGUCAUACUGGCACUCGUAUUGCAUGGCUGUGCUUCUGAUAUUGCUCACCACCACUCGCACGGCGGUGCCGCGUGCUCACACUCGCACUCGCACGCGGGCAGCUCUCGCGGCUGGCGGUUGUUCCGUCGCGCGAGGGAUCAGAAGCCCAGUAACGGAGCUCUCGUUAACGGAGACUAUACUAUGAAGGAUUUAGCCAGCGUAGAAGCCAGUGUUGUUGGUUCGGAGCCCAGGAAUAUAAACCUGCGGGCUGCCCUCAUCCAUGUGAUCGGUGAUCUCAUACAAAGCUGUGGUGUUCUACUCGCCUCUAUACUCAUCAAGUUCUAUCCAGAGGCGAAGGUGGUGGACCCGAUCUGCACGUUCGUGUUCAGCUUCCUCGUGCUGCUGACGUCGGCACGCGUCGUGAGAGAUGCGCUCAACAUGCUCAUGCAAGCUGUGCCGCCGAACUUCAGGUACCGCGAGCUAGUAUCAUCCCUCUCGGGUCUACCCGGGGUGCGGCACGUGCACUCCCUGCACGCGUGGGCGCUGUCGACGCGGCACGUGGUGGUGUCGGCGCACGUGGCGGUGGACGCGGGCGCCGAGCGCGACGCGCUGCUGCGCGACUGUCAGCGCCUCGCGCGCACGCACGGCGCCGCUAAUGCCACCUUCCAGUUGGAAACAUACACGUCACGCAUGCGCAGUUGCAGUGUGUGUCGGCUGCAACCCGCUCACACGCCCUGACAUCUCUCCACGCUCGCCUAGGCGGACACAGGUAUGGAAACCAUAACGAAAGAUGCUUCCGGAAACCGAUUGGAUUGACGACAUACAGCCUGCCAAUUCAGUGAGUGAUUGAACGAUUGAUAGAUUGAUAAUGACAUUCCAAUUGUGCUUUUGUCAGUCAUUGAUGGAAAAACGUUGGACUAAAAAAGGACCAAGUGAUUAGUGCAAUCAUCAAUUCGAUUGAUAGAUUGAAAGAUUAAUUGUUGAUCUAGUGUUUGUAAUGGUUAGAUGAACUUUUGAAAUUAAUAGUGUUAACUGUUGAUGAUCUCAGGAAAUUAACUUUGAACUUACGAUUCUUUAUUAACUUGGCGUUUUUAUAACGUAUCUAUCUUUGCAACAAGGGAUUGAAUGUUGACUUUAGGUUCGUAUCAAUGAUGUCAAAUUUCAAACUCAAACAAUGGAUAGGUAAGUUAUAGAAAUCCCCAGUAAGGUUUGCCUACACCAAAACUUGUUAAAUAUAAUGUUUUCGCCGUAAGAUAAAUAUGUCUGACACUUUUCAAAAUUAAAAAAAAAAGUUAAUGUAAGUAAGUACAGAAAAAUGAGAAUCUAACUAAGUGCUUACAUAUGAAAGUUUAUUUUAUGGUGAAAAUACUAUUUUUAUUCUUACCGCAAAAUAUUUUUAAAGCGUCAUUCUAUCUUUGUAUAUUUUAAAGGGAUUACAGAGACGAGAAAUCUUUUUAAAAAUAUUUUGCGGUAAUUGAGUAAACCGAUUAAGACGCAGAAAAUCGUUUUUCAAAAUGUUUCUGAAAAUAUUUUCUUGCAUCGUAAAGCUAAGGUACUUACACACUGUUACAGUAUUUCAAUUGAUACCAUGUUUAUUCCACGCCGAAGUGUGUUCUCGGCAUUAUAUAAAAAAGUGGUUAAAAAAAAGAAUUUUUUAAAUAAAAUAAAAAGUGACUUGUAGAAAAGCAGGAUAUAAUUAUCGUAUUUUUGAAAUGAAUUGUGCUGCAAAAAUAAAAACAAAAAGUAUUAAAAUUCGUGCCAAUUUAAAAUAUUUAAACAAAUGCAUUCUAAAAGGUUGACCCUAUGUAUUAAAAAAAAAGAUAUUAUAUUGUAUUAAUUUAUUAUAUAAAAAUGUAUGUUUUAGAUGUUAAGCGAAUUAAAAAUCAAUUAUUAUUUAGUAUUAAUGUGUAUAAAAUUGAUAUUAUUGAAGUUUUUCUAAGGAAUUUAGUGUUAAUUGUUCAAAACGUUUCGAAGUUAGGGUUUCAGGGAGUUGAGUAACCAAUGCAUUUAAAGUUCUAUACAGUUCUCGUCAAAUAUCUUUGCCAGUCCGAAGUUGGUUGCUAGUGACAUCACGAUAUUCUAAAUGUAUGAACAAAACAACUUACUUAAACUCUUAAUGACUUUGGCGGUCUGAAGUCAGUCGCGCAUUCUCAAUAGUGUUUAGUUCAUACAUUUUGACAGCUGUGCAGUCACUUGUAACCAACUUCACAGCGGUAAAACUAUUUGAUGGUCGCUGUACCCAAUUUAUAUCGAACUCUAUUUGAGCUUACAGUUUUUCUGUCUAUCACGAAAAACUCUCUUUGUAGAGGCUGUCCAAAUCAAAAUAGCAAAAAAAAACAGAUUUAAAAAUAAUUUCUUAGGAGAAAACGCCAAAAAUCGCACAAUUAGACAAUUUAAUUAGGCAUUUCUAUAAAGACUAGGACCACAAGUACUUAAUUUUACUUUAUUAGCAAAUUAAUAAUAACAAAAAAUAAUUUUCUUAACUUGAAAAAAAAAAUUGAGAUUUUAGUUAUCAAAAUUAUGUAAGCUUCGUUAUUUUCAUUCGAUUAAAAACUCGUAUAAUUUGUUUAACAUUCCCACAUUCCGCCUACAGUACUUAACAGUGUAACUUUAAUUGCGCAAAACCGCAGACCAAACCUUUUUUAAUUCAAUAAACAAAAUAAUGAGACAAAAAAAA